AUGCCGCCCCCCGUCCAAAUGGGCCUGGAGCCUAUUGCGCCACCAAAGAUUGGCGAAAAGGGCUAUGUUGGAUUCAACCCUCGCAAGGAGAUCUUACAGGCAGGGUGGAAGAGUGGUCAGAACACACGGCCCCUGCCAACAGACAUCCUAGUUGAACACGACUUCGCCGUGAAGGUGCGAGAUGGCGUGACUCUUUACAUGGACAUAUACCGACCCCCAUCAUCCGACCAAGGCACAAGAGUACCCGCUGUCGUGGCCUGGAGCCCCUUUGGGAAGAAGUAUAAUGGCAUCAUGAAGAUGGCCGCCUUCCCCUACAACAUGGGUGUCCCUGAAGAAACUUUGAGCGGGCUGGAGCGAUUUGAGGGACCUGACCCUGCCGAGUAUGUUCCGCGAGGCUAUGCCAUCGUCAAUGUCGAUGCUCGUGGUGCUGGUGACUCGGAGGGUUCCGUGGUCAUCAUGGGUUCUCAGGAAGCCGAGGAUGGUUACGACGUCAUCGAGGCUCUUGCGCAGCUAGAGUGGUGCACAGGGAGUGUUGGAUUAGCUGGAAAUUCUCAUCUCGGAAUCAUUCAGUGGUUCAUCGCUGCCUUGCAGCCCCCGCACCUAAAAGCUAUUGCGCCUUGGGAAGCCCUGAGCGACCUGUACAGAGAGCAGUUUGCCCGCGGUGGCGUGUUUGACUGCGGCAUGUUUGAUCGCAUUACACGGCAGAACAUCCAGGGAUAUAACGGCAUUGAGUCCCACAAGGAGAUGUACCGCCGAAGCCCUCUCCAAGGCGCGUAUUGGAAGAACAAGCGUGUCGACUUGAGCAAAGUCAAGGUCCCGACAUACCUGUGCGGGUCAUACUCGACGAAUGUCCACACCAUGGGUUCAAUCCGAGGCUGGCUGCAGAUUGACACCAAGGAUAAAUGGUUGCGCUGGGAUCCGUACCAGGAAUGGUUUGAUCUUUGGGUGGACCAGGAGUCUCGGGACGAGCUGGCGAGCUUCUUUGACAAGUAUCUCAAGGGUCUUGACAAUGGCUGGGAAAAGACGCCAAGGGUUCGUAUGUCGGUCCUCCGAUUCGGCGACAACGAACCAUACCACUACAUUGUCGAGGACGACUUCCCUAUUCCUCGUACCGAAUAUAGGGAUCACUUCCUGCAUGUAGAUGGUACUCUGAGAGAAUCUGCGGCCGAGGUCGAAGGCACCGUGUCGUAUAAUUCGGAAGACUCGGGAGAUGCCGUGGACUUUGCUUCGUUCAAUGUUACCUUCGACAAGACCACCAGGUUGGUUGGCAUGCCAAAGGCCGUCUUGUACAUGUCAUGUCCCGACCACGACGACUUAACGGUAUACGUCCUGAUUCGCAAGCUAGACAAGAACGGAAACGCUAUGAUCAACCUCAAUAUCCCGUGGAAGUACGCCCCCAUCAACAAAAUGAGUGAGGUUGAUCCCAAAGACCUUCACAACCUGCUUUUUUACAAAGGCCCGCUCGGUGUUUUGAGAGCUGCGCGUCGUCACAUUGAUCCCACCCAGAGCAUGCAUCCGCAGUACCCAUUCCACACCCACGACCGGGAGGAGCAAGUCACUCCUGGUGAUGUCGUGGAACUGGAGAUUGGUAUAUGGGCAAUAGGUAUCGAGUUUGAAGCCGGUGAGACGCUGAGUGUGCAAGUCUCGGGUCAGUAUCCUGUCUUCAAGAGUUUCCCCAUGGAUGACCGGUCUAAACCUGAAAAUGAAAAGAAUUUCGGCACGCAUCGUAUACACACAGGUGGAAAGUACCCAAGCCGAGUUAUUCUACCCCAUAUCUAA